CCACAGCAAAGAAGAGACAUCACAGAAGCUGUACUUAGCAGGUUUUAUAAAGCAAAAUGUUCGAUAAGGAAAACAUGCUGUUUCUUGUGGUGUACAUCAUCACAUUCAUCUUCGGGCUGCCAGCCAACAUCUUUGCCCUCUAUGCCUUCGUCAAGAAGGUGCAGCAAAAGGCAACACCUGUGGACGUGCUACUGAUUGGCCUCACUGUGUCCGAUCUGCUCUUCCUGGUCUUCCUCCCCAUAAGGAUGAAGGAGGCCAUCGACCACAUGGAGUGGAACAUGCCCUACUUCCUGUGCCCUUUGACAGGGAUAAUCUUCUAUGGCACCAUCUACAACAGCAGCCUGUACCUCACUGCCAUAAGUGUUGAGCGCUACUUUGGAGUUGCCUUUCCCAUCAAGUACAAACUAAACAGAAAGCCUCUGCAUGCAGUGGUGGGCAGCGUCGUCAUUUGGACCAUCUCCUUGGCACAGUGUAGCAUUGUCUUCAUUAUGCACUACUCUGAUGACAAGCAUAAUAGCAGCCACGUGCAUUGCUACGAAGACUUCUGCGAUGAUCAGCUAAAGGUACUACUGCCAUUUCGCCUGCAGCAGUUUGUCCUCCUCUUCUGCGUGCCGCUUCUCAUCUGCUGCUUCUGCUACAUCAACUUCAUCCGCAUCCUCUACCAGCUGCCCAACAUCAACCCCCGGCGACGUUACAGAGCCAUCGGGCUAGCCUUCGGCACCAUGGUGGUCUUUCUCGUCUGCUUCGGCCCCUAUAACAUCUCCCACCUUAUAGGCCACAUCACCAACGAGAGUCCGAAAUGGCGCAACUAUGCCGUGCUCACCAGCACCUUGAACACCUGCCUUGACCCCUUCAUCUACUACUUCUCCUCCUCGGCCCUGAGGGGGACGUUCACACAAAUCCUCAACAGGUUCAGCUCCAAGCUGCAGUGCCCCUCCUGCAGUGUGUACCAGCGGAACACUGCCCAAACGUUAGAACUGGAGGAGCGCACACAAAGCACCAAUGAUAAUCUAGACAUGUAAGGAUUAUUGAGUAACUUUACUCUCUAGGCCCAUGUAGAGCUGUUUUGCACAUAAUGAUUUAGCAAGCACAUACAAUGUAGUUCUUCUUUAAUGCCUCUUUGCUUCUUUUGCUUCUUAUGUGAAGAAAUACUGAAAUGUGAUAUUAAAGUCUGCUGUCAACAUACUCACCGCUUGCAUUGUAGCAGUUGUGGAGAUCCAAUUAAGACUUAGACGCAAGAAAAAAUAAAAGGCAACUUAAAGAUGUUUUUGUUGCAAUCCCUUGCAACUCAGGUGAUACACCG